GUGCGUGUUGGACGCUCCGCCCAUGGAGGCGGUAGCGUAAUAACAGAGUGAAGGAAAUCGUGUAAAGACUGGCAUCUGACAGCGCAUCAGUAAACUACUAUAGCUACGUCCAAAGUGUUGUUUGCUAGAACUAUUUAUAUUUACUUGAAGUAGCCAACUGCUUCAUAUUGUUUCGAAUGGAGACCAGACAACAGGAAAGAGGACAAGGACAUAUCAGGACAGGUCUGUUGGACCCAGAGCCUGUAACAGAAGUAGAUGAAGAGAUUGUGUCAGAUGUGGACCUCAACAACACUCUGACUGAUGAAGAGAGGGAGGAAAUAUUGAGUGAACUCACAAAGUUAGAGGAAGACAUCUCCACCCUGAGGCAAGUGUUGGCCUCCAAAGAAAAACACCACUCAGAGCUCAAAGCCAAACUGGGUAUAACACCACUCAUUGAGUUCAAACAGAACUUCAACAGGAGCUGGUAUGACAUGCAGACUUCCACUGCGUACAAAAAGACAUCGGAGACGUUGAGCACGGCAGGUCAGAAAACGUCAGCAGCGUUCACCACACUGGGAACAGCCAUCAGCAGGAAGUUUGGGGAUAUGAGAUCAAAUUCACUUGGCUGCUCUAUCCGCCACUCAAUGAGCAUGCCCGCUAUGAGGAACUCGCCCAGUUUCAAGUCCUUUGAGGAGAAGGUUGAAUGCACCGUUUCCAACAUAAAGCAGACCAAGGUGGGAAGCCAAGGGGGUGGAGGGAGUUUUGAGGAGGUGUUGUCUUCAGCCGCACACGCCAGUGCCCAAGAAACCCCCAGCAACAACAUCUCCGAGAGCAGUGAUCAUGAGAGGACCUGCUAGACCAGUCUGAACCACUCAACUACCUCCCCAGACCAGGAUUAGCACUCUACUGCCACUCACUGGCCCAGAGGCCACAUUACCUGAUGUGGAGUGCAUGACAUAGGCCUAUCUAACCAAAGCCCCAUCAGUACCAACACAAAUGUAUCUUAUCUACCUGCUACUUAGCUUUAUAUGCGUUUCCAUACAACAUCAAAAAGAAAGAUUGUGAUACUGUAAAGUACUCCUGUCCUUUAUUUCCUAUGAUUCCAACUAUUCGCUUUUUGUAUUAAAAUGAAUGUCGCGUUUAUAUCAAAUGUAUUUGAAAAACAAAAAAUAGUGACACAUUUCUUCCCAAUACUAAAAUGACUGACUUUUUAAAAAUGUUAUUAUCAUUAGGGCUCUAUUCAAUCCAUAUUGUGGAAGUUUUAAAGGCAAUGUUCCUGCAUUCACGGUAAAUGCUGCAUAUGUUAGCUCAAUCGGAAAUGUACCUUUUCUAUUUUGCAAUCUGUACGGCUUCAGCAAUACACAUUGAAUAGAGCCCCUACUUCCAAGAGUGGACAGUCAUAUAACACUGUUGGGGGGAGGGAGUUGUAUUUGAUACUUGAAAUUGCAUGUGCUGGGUUUGUAGGCCAAUACUGUUCAUGGGGACCAAGAUAAGGCCUUGUGCUGGAAUCUACUGAAUACACUGUCACACCUUUCGAAUCCUAUUAAUCUCUCCUUUAUUCCAACUGUGCACCGUUUGCACAUGAGCCUUGAUCGGGGACAGAAUGACCAUCCAGUGUAUGUAUAUGAUACACAAUUUAUGCUUAUUAUAGAUCACAUCUGUCAAGCAGUGUAGAUGCUUUGACAACCCUGUGGGAUUAAACGUUUAUUUUUAAA